CCGCAACCCGGCGUUCUCUCCGCACACGAGCAGGGCGGAAGGCGACAGAACUGGAACGAGUCGAGGCGUGGAGUAGCGCUAUUUGCCUAGCUUUGGGGUUUUACAUGAGAAGAAACGUAAAGAAACAGACACUGGGAAGUUUUUUCCAAUUAUUAUUUUAGUAGGGUAGCCGAUCAUUAUAUUUAUAUUUUUAUUGUCGCCUUCGUGCAAGCUAUGGCCGAUAUAGACAAGCUCAACAUAGACAGUAUCAUCCAGCGCCUUUUGGAAGUGAGGGGCUCUAAGCCAGGGAAGAAUGUUCAGCUGCAGGAGAAUGAGAUUCGUGGUCUCUGUCUCAAGUCGCGGGAGAUCUUCCUCAGCCAGCCCAUCCUGCUGGAGCUGGAGGCGCCCCUCAAAAUCUGCGGCGACAUCCACGGGCAGUACUACGACUUGCUGAGGCUGUUUGAGUACGGGGGCUACCCCCCGGAGAGCAACUACCUGUUCCUGGGGGACUACGUGGACCGAGGCAAGCAGAGCCUGGAGACCAUCUGCCUGCUGCUGGCCUACAAGAUCAAGUACCCCGAGAACUUCUUCCUGCUGCGCGGCAACCACGAGUGCGCCUCCAUCAACCGCAUCUACGGCUUCUACGACGAGUGUAAGAGGCGCUACAACAUCAAGCUGUGGAAGACGUUCACUGACUGUUUCAACUGCCUGCCCAUCGCCGCCAUCGUGGACGAGAAGAUCUUCUGCUGUCACGGAGGCCUCUCCCCCGACCUGCAGUCCAUGGAGCAGAUCCGGAGGAUCAUGCGGCCCACGGACGUGCCGGACCAGGGGCUGCUGUGCGACCUGCUGUGGUCGGACCCGGACAAGGACGUGCUGGGCUGGGGGGAGAACGACCGCGGGGUCUCCUUCACCUUCGGGGCCGAGGUGGUGGCCAAGUUCCUGCACAAGCACGACCUGGACCUCAUCUGCCGGGCCCACCAAGUGGUGGAGGACGGGUACGAGUUCUUCGCCAAGAGGCAGCUGGUGACCCUGUUCUCGGCGCCCAACUACUGCGGGGAGUUCGACAACGCCGGCGCCAUGAUGAGCGUGGACGAGACCCUCAUGUGCUCCUUCCAGAUCCUGAAACCCGCGGAGAAGAAGAAGCCAAACUCCAGCCGACCGGUGACGCCGCCCAGGAACAUGGUGACGAAACAGGCCAAGAAAUAAAGGGGGGGUGGCGGGGGGGUCACACUGGACUUGUAUCUCACUAUCUCCAUUCAUUUACUCUGAAUUAUUUGGUCUUUAUCAGUCUCUCCAACUCAAGAAUGUUGGCUGCCUUUUUUUAUAUGUACAUAGUGUUUUGUUUUGUUUUAUUUUUUUAAUUAAAUUUAAUUUAAUUUCUUUUUGGCUGUGACUGGGGGGAAUGCUGUGGAAACGGUUGUUUCUCACCGACCGACUGACUGGCACACCGACUGACUGACUGACUGGCACACCGACUGACCGACGUACCAACUGACUGUUUUGCUGAUUGACUGAGACUUCCAAACUGACCACCUUGCCGACUGACUUGAGCCUGAGUUGAACUUAAACUCCAGCUGCAGUGACCCCGUUUCACCACUAGACGACUUAAAGGCCAACAGAGUAGAGACACACUUUUUUUUUCUUUUUCUUCUUCUUCCCCACCCUUCUUCAGCGGCCAAGAAAGCUCGCUUCUUGUUCUUGUUUUUUGAAAUUAUGUUUGUUUUUAAUUUCUGUCCAAACAACUUAUUUAUCUUAUAAAUCAUUAUCGAAAAUCUUAGGCGGGGGGGGGAAGAAAAUAACUUUCAGGUUUUGUGCAUUUGUCAGUCUGCGCCUCAUUUCCAAAUGCGUUCAGUCCAUCUCUCCAGGAAAGAGGCGGGGCUUACACGCAGUCACAUGGUGAUGCUCAGGGCUGGGACCACACCCACCACACUGACUUGGAUAUAAACUCCGCCCCCCUACCUCCCUACACGCAGCCUCUCUGUCAUCACUUAUCCAAUUCUGGAAACACUUUUUUUCCAAACAAAUUCUUUAAAAAAUAAAAAAUAAAAUAAAAAAAACACCACUGUGAGAAAUUAAAUCUUACCACUCUUGAGAUUUAAGCAGCAAGCUUUUUGGGGAAUUAAGAAGAUUUUUAGAGAAAAGAGGCGGAGUUUCUCUUCCCACGCUUCUCUGAGGAGAAAGUCAGGAGAUUCCCUGUCCAGUGCAGCCGUAUCACUCAAGUGCUGUCUGUUUUUUUAAAUAAACACUUCCUGUACUGUACUCUUCAAAUGAAAAGCUGUUCUUGUAAUGUUGCCUGUCUCUCACUAACGUCAUGAUUGGUUGUUGUUUUUUUUUUACUUCGUAGCCUGAUUUGAAAAGGGAUUUUCGGAAUGACGUUCCUUAAGCUAUGAGAUCAUUUUCACAGAAACAAAAUGAAGUUCCUGACAGAAACACUUGUCUUCAGCGAGAUUCGUCGCGUAGCCUCUCUGAGUGGACAUUUUCAGAUUAGCGUUUUGACGCGGGGUUUUUUUUUUUUUUCCGUUUCAUGGCUUUCCUUUGGAAAUGCAAGUUUUAAUGUAAGAAACCUCACGGGUUCCGAGUACAGGCAUGAGGAAGGUCAUCUCUCAAGGACUUCGUGUUGCAUGCAUCUGAACGUGAUAGAUUUAAACACAUGGCCUUUUUCCUUUCCCAGGCAUGUAAUACUUUAGCAUGUCUUAAGAUAAUGUAGCUUAACUCCAGGAAUCUGUCAUUUGUAACUGAUCUUUUUAGAAUGUUUGAAUUUUUUAAGUUUCAUUUCAACUUCACCAUGUAUCAUUAUACCGUGUAUAUAUACAAUACAUGUUUGUUUUUGUUUGGUCUGGGCAAUAACACAUUUUUCCACAUUUAAGCAAUUGUAUACUUGUUUAAUAAAGAUUAUGAAUGGCAGGUGGUCAGCAAGAUGA